AUGCGAGGAAUCCAGAACGCCGUGGGCCUGUCCCUGCUUGUCGGGGCUUUGGCUGGGCCUGUUCAGAAGAGAUGGGCGCCCAACGCGCCUCGCAACCCGGAUUACCCCCUCGACGUCGUCGACAAGCUCGAGGAGUCCAUCAUGCCCAACGUCGAGUCCUGGAUGGUUAAGCGGGCCGGCCAGUCCAACAAUUGUACACUCGAGAAUGCCGCUGUCAGGCGGGAGUGGAGCGACCUCUCGGCGGAGGAGCGCAAGGAGUACAUCAGCGCCGUUCUCUGCCUCCAGUCCAAGCCAGCCAAGGCGCCCAAGGACAAGGUCCCCGGUGCCCUGAGCAGGUUCGACGACUUCGUCGCGACCCAUAUGACCAUGGCGGGUAUGCUGCACAGCCCAAACAACCUGUUUGCCGCCCACCGAUACUUCAUCUAUGCCUAUGAGAAGGCUCUGCGUGAAGAGUGUGGGUACAAGGGCUACCAGCCGUACAUGAACUAUGACCGCUACGUCGAGGACCCGAUCAACUCGCCCAUGUUCGACGGCAGCGAGACCAGCAUGGGAGGCAACGGCGCCCCGAGCGAGUACUCGGGCGUUGCCCAGCCGUUCCCGAGGCCGUACAACAAGAUACCAUCCGCCGGCGGCGGCGGCUGUGUCACGGAGGGCCCGUUCAAGGACAUGGUCGUCUCGCUCGGCCCCAAAUCCACCAUCGUGAGCAACAUCCCCGCCAACCCGCAGGCCGACGGCUUGGGCAGUAACCCGCGGUGCCUGCGGCGCGACGUCAACAAGUUCUCGGCGGCGGGCGCCCGGGCCAACUACACGUACAGCGCCAUCAUGGACAACCCCGAGAUCGACAGCUUCUACAACCGGUACCUGGGCAUGCCGCAGCUCAAGGGCGACGUCAACCCCUGGGGCAUCCACAGCGCGGGGCACUACAUCAUCGGCGGCGACCCGGGCGGAGAUUUCUACUGCUCCCCCGGCGAUCCCGCCUUCUACUUCCACCACGGCAUGCUCGACCGCGUGUGGUGGAUCUGGCAGAUGCAGGACCCCGACAACCGGGUCGACGCCGUCCCCGGCGCCAGCGGGUCGAGCAUGAACAUGGCGCUGGCCAUGGACACCGACAUGGGCACCGUCAUGGCUGGUAUGAAAAAUAAGCGGGCGGAUAUCCAGGACGCGGUGGUGGAUCUGGGGUGGACGGCGCCGCCGGUGAAAUUGGUGGAUUUGAAUGAGCAGAUGGGGGGGUUGGGAGGGGAGUUUUGUUAUAUUUAUGUUUGA